UUUCGGGAUUCUCUAGAGUAAUCCAACAAAAAUGGCUGCACGGGGUGCAAGAAAAGUUGCAAAAGGUGCAAAAAGAGGUGUAGAGAAAAUUAUCCAUCCCCCGUUUUUGAAGACGAAUAUAAAUUCCUGUCAAGCUGCUCCAGCUCCACCUCUUGGACCAAAUCUUGGACAGCGUGGAGUACAAAUUGCUGCCUUUUGUAAGGAAUUCAAUGAGAAGACCAGUCACAUAAAAGAAGGGAUACCAUUGCCUACCAGAGUCUUCGUUAAGCCUGAUAGAACAUUUGAUCUACUAAUCAAGUCACCAACUUCUACAUAUUUUUUACUAAUGGCUGCUGGUAUUCAGAAGGGUGCUAGAAAUCCAGGAAAUGAAAUAGCUGGGAAGAUAACAGUGAAGCAUGUUUAUGAAAUAGCCGAAAUCAAAAGUAAAGAUCAAGGAUUUGAACAUGUUGACCUUAAAAAUAUUUGUCGGCUAGUCAUUGGAGCUGCUCAUAGUAUAGGCAUUGAAGUUGUCAAAGACCUCGACCCUGAGGAAUAUGGAGAAUUCUUGGCAGAAAGAAAGUUAAUUGUGGAACAACAAGAUAAAGAACUUGAAGAAAAGAAACAAGCAAAAUUGUUACGAUUAUAGAAAUAUUGUAUAUACAUGUAUUGUAUGGUUGAAUGUGUGAAAGUGGUAUCAAAUUUUAUUAAAAUUAAGUGUUAAA